AUGGCCAGGCACCGUAUAGCGGCGGCAGCAGCAGCUGCCAGACCGCUGGUGCUGCUGCUGCUCGUGCUCCUGCUCCUGGCCAGCGCCGCUGCGACGCGCCUGGCCAUCAUUGGCGACUUCGGGGAUGACAGCAGCGGCGAGUUGGAUGUUUCCAACAUGGUAAAGGCCUGGGAAGCCACAUCACCCCUGAAGGCGAUCGCCACCGUGGGGGACAACAACUACCCGUCUGGCUUAGCCACCACAAUACAGGCCAACAUUGGGAAGUACUAUGGGGCCUACAUAAAGGACGACCCCGCUGUCAACAAGUUUUGGCCCUGCCCCGGCAACCAUGACUGGGGCAAUCAGUGCCAUGAUGGCACGCGCCUGCAGCCCUACCUCAACUACUUCAAGGCGUUGAAAAACAAGCGCUACUACGACGCCAAAAUAGGGGCCGACCUGCACCUCUUCAUGCUGGACUCCGACUGCAACGAGCCCGAUGGCCGCACCGCCAGCUCAGCGCAGGCCGCCUGGCUGCAGGGCGCGCUCGCAGCGUCAGCGGCAGCCUUCAAGCUCGUCCUGCUGCACCAUGCGCCCUUCUCCUCUUCCUCCCGCCACGGCUCCAACAAGGCGACACAGUGGCCAUAUGAAGAAUGGGGCGCAGACGCAGUCUUCGCAGGCCACGAUCACACCUACGAGCGUCACUCCAACCCCAGGAACCUGGCUGGCAAGGCCGGGUUCCCCUACUUUGUCAACGGCCUGGGCGGCAAGGACAUCUACGGCUUCAAAAAGGCCCUACCCUCCACCCAGUUCCGCUACAACGCCAUGCACGGCGCGCAGCUGCUGGUAACGCGGUCGCGUGCGGCCGCCGGCGGCGGCACAGAGUUUGAGCUGGACUUGACGUUCUACAGCUCGGACGGGACGGUCCAGGACUGCUACCGCAUCACCAAGGCGCCGGGUGGGACUAGCUACACCACGGGCAGCCCCGCCUGCCCGGCCGCGGGCUUGCAGCAAUUCUCGGUCCUGACCAGCGCCGCGGUGCCGGUGGCGCCGGCGGCGCCGACGCCCGCCAAGGUCUGGAGGUACCUCGGGACUGGCAAGAAGGCGCUCAGCCUUGGAGGGUCCAACCCCUGGACCAGCCUCGGAUUCGGCGACUCGGCCUGGACGAGCGGUCCCAGCCCCCUGGGAUAUGGGCCGGGGCUGGUGUGGGGCACCCAACUGCCUGCCAACGCGCCGAGCUCGGGCACUGGGUACUACCACUUUAGGACGACCGUGUGUCUGCCGGCAAGCCUCAUCACGCAGCUGGGGAGCGCCGUGACCCUCAAGCUCGCCAGUGACAAGCGCGCCAAGGUGUGGGUCAACCGUCAGCUCGUGGCUAGUGAGCCCUCAAAGGCCGGCCACCCCGCCAGCCACUGGAACCUGCAGACCGCCCUCAAGCCCGGCGCCCUUGUGGCGGGGCCAAACGUGAUCGCGGUGCAGGUGGCAAACACGGCUGGCGCGAGCUCCACGGGCUUUGACCUCGACCUGACCUACUUCAGCACGCAGCCCUUCACAAACGCAUCCACGGUAGGUGCCUGGCAUGAUUAA